AAAUUGCGGAGUGCCAACAGAACAUAACCGAAAACAGGAUUUGAAACAAAAACAUAUGCCGAAGCUAAUAAUCAAGCAACAUAAGAUGGAAGAAUUCUCCGGCGACAAAAAUCACCGCUCACCGCCGCCGCUCACUGGUGAGCAGGAAUCCGCCGUCUUGGUCUCAGCCUUGAGGAAUGUCAUAAGCGGAACAUCAGCGGAUUCCACGGCAGAGCUCCCGCCGCCUCUACUGAGGUUACCCGAAGGCCCGACGUGUCAAUUUUGCGGAAUAUCGGGGUGUUUGGGCUGCAAUUUCUUUGGGACGGCGGAAGUUGAAGAGAAGAAGAAGAAUGUGAUAGGUACGAAGAGGAAGAAAAAGAAUUACAGGGGAGUGAGACAGAGGCCAUGGGGCAAAUGGGCGGCGGAGAUUCGAGACCCGCGAAAAGGGGCUCGAGUGUGGCUCGGGACGUUUCAGACAUCUGAAGAGGCAGCUCGGGCUUACGACCGAGCUGCCGUAGAGUUCAGAGGUCCGAGAGCGAAGCUCAACUUCCCCUACACCGACUACACAGCAUCGUGGUCGCAUUCUUAUCAAGCACAACCUAUGCAGAUAGAGCACGACAACGUUAAUAAAAGCGGGAGUAAUUUGGCGGGGAAAUUGGAGGUGGAGACGAGCGGGGAAACGGAACAGUUGGAAUUUGGAGAGGAAGAGUGGGAAGAAUGCUGGAGAAUUAUGAUGAUGGAUUUCAAUGGCGAUUCUUGUGAUUUCACUACUAGCUUAUCAGCUUCUUCGUAAUUUGGGAAGAAGCUAUAUUCGUUUUGUCCAGUUUCGUUUUUGUAUAAAUCUGGGCAUGUAAAAUACUAAUGAAAUCGAUAAUAAAACAAAUUUGGUUUUACUCUUCACUGAAAUUUUGUGAAUUUCCA